AGAAUCAGGGGCCGCUGGCUUGAAGCCACGACUACGUCAAAGCGGUGUUGUGGCGGUCGCGGUGGAAUGAAGCGAGAGCUGAUGAAGCAGCACUUGAGGAUGAGCAGUCUGCUGAACUACUUGAUCCCUCGAUGAUACCUCAUCUGGCGAUGUUCUUCUUCUGCAUCUCCUGCUCCAACAGCAUCUCUUAUCGACGAUGCUCUCGAAUCGGGCUGAUUGAGUUCUGAGCGCAAACCGAAUUUGGGUUUUCUGAUGUUCGGGCGCGGACCAGGCACACGGACUUUUUUUAUUUUGCUUUUCUCUUAGCGCUCGCGACUCACCCGCGACUUCUUUUUAUUCUCCUCCUCCUCCUCCUCCUCCUUCUUCCCCGUCACAACAACAACAACACCAGCAGCACGCCAUGGCCUCUCCUCCUCCCUCCCAGCCCUCCUCCUCCGCUGCAGCCUCCCGUCUCCGUCGCGGAUCGCUCUCCCAAAGCAUCCGCUUCGCAGGCGGCGUAAACUCGCUCGAUCGCUUCGCUUCCUCCUACACCCGCGCCCAGUCCUUCCUCGUCCUCGAUGCACCGCUCGCACUCACCCCCCAGCCCGCUCCUCUCAGCUACUCCGGCGCCGGCUCUCUCCGCCAAUCUGCCCGCGAGUCCAUCCCUCUUCUCUUCCGCCAGCGCGCCCAGCAGCCCGACGACGACGGCGAUGACGACGACUCAAACGCGCCGCACUCGCAGACGGCCGAAGCCGACGACAGCGCAUUCGUUGAAGAUGCAAUCGACUACUCGGACGACGAAGACACCCUCUUUCCUCUCAAUCCCGACGACUCCACUUCUAGACUUACUCCCAUCCUCUCCGGCACUUCUCUGCCUUCCCAUCACGCCCCUCCGUCGCAGCAAUCCACCCUAAAGCAGGCUCCCAAGCCUGACGACCUUAUCGGCGGCGGCCAGCGCGUCCUUGUCGACCAGUCCAAGGGCAGAGUCCUCGUCGUUCCCGGCCGCUCGACCGCCCCGCAGACCGUCUUCAACUCCGUCAACGUCCUCAUCGGAAUCGGCCUGCUCUCUCUUCCCCUCGCCAUCUCCUACGCCGGAUGGCUCAUCGGCCUCGUCUUCAUGUGCAUCGCCGCCUCCGUCACACUCUACACCGCCAAAGUCCUCGCGCGCUGCCUCGAUACCGAUCCCACUCUCGUCACAUACGCAGACAUCGCCUACGCUGCCUUUGGUGCUCGCGCUCGUCUAUUGACUUCUCUGCUCUUCUCGCUCGAGCUACUUGGAUCCUGCAUUGCCUUGGUCGUCCUCUUUGCCGAUUCGAUCUACUCUCUUCUUCCUGACGUUCUCUCCAAAACCGAACUCAAGAUCCUCGCCUUCUUCCUUCUCACUCCUCUCUCUUUUCUCCCUCUUUCCGUCCUCUCCUUCAGCAGCAUCCUCGGUAUCCUCUCCACUUUCUCCAUCCUUGUCAUCGUCUUCAUCGAUGGGCUCAUCAAGACCGAGCAACCUGGCACUCUUUGGCACCCGAUGUCCUCCAACAUCCUCCCCUCAAACUGGAAAGCCGUCCCUCUUUCGCUCGGCCUCCUCAUGGCGCCCUGGUGCGGUCACUCUGUCUUCCCCAACGUCUACCGCGACAUGCGCCAUCCCUACAAAUUCAAACGCUGCCUCAAUCUCUCCUACAUGUUUACAUUCUUUGUCGACAUGGCCAUGGGUGUCAUCGGCCUCCUCAUGUUUGGCGACGACUACGUGACUGAGGAAAUCACAAACACAAUCAUCGAGACAAAGGGUUUCCCUCGCGGCCUCAGCAUCGCAAUCAUCGUCUUCAUCGCCUUCAUUCCCCUCUCCAAGACGCCCCUCAACGCGCGCCCCAUCAUUACCACGAUCGAGGUCCUGCUCGGCGUCAGCGACUGCCCUGCCCCUCUAGAUCUCCAACCCGACGGCCCCCAAGACGGCGAAGGUGAUCUUGCGUUUGAACGCAUCUACGACAGCGUAGCUCGCAACCCGCUCUCGCGCCUCUACCGCAAGCUCAAAUCGCCCGCGUUCGCCCGCGCCGCCAUCAUCAUCUCCGUCAACUUCGUCAUCACCCUCAUCGCCAUCGUCUUCCCGGCCUUUGACCGCAUCAUGGCCCUCGUCGGCUCCGCGCUCGGCUUCACAAUCUGCAUCGUCCUCCCGCUCGCGUUCUACCUCAAGAUCUUCGGCCCCGGCAGCGCCCGCCACAAAAACAACAACUACAUCUCCCCCGGCGGACAGGCGCAUAUGGGCCGCUCCAUGCAUACAAUCAGUAAACCUGAGAUGGCGUUUGAUAUUUUCGCAAUCGUCACCGGCAUCGUCUUGGCGGUUUUGGGCGGCGUCUGGGCGUUAUUGCCCGAUGAGCUUAUUUUUGGGUGAUCCACAAUCCACUUCUUGAGUUUUUUUUCUCUUUGUCGUUUACAGUUUUUGGUUGGACUACAUACUACAUGUUUGGUUACAUCUACGUUCGUUCUAUUUCUUUUUUUAUAAUAUUUUUGGUUCUGGGUGCUUUGCUUUGCUUUUUUGCUCAUCAUAUCGGGUUUUGAUUUGGUCCAAAUACAUGUCUUCAUUAUAC